CAUCAACCCUCAGUGCAGUUUCUUGGCUACAACAUCAGCAGCAGUGGCAUCCAGAUGGACGAGGGGAAGGUAGAAGCCAUAAGGACCUGGCCCACUCCAUCCACCAUCAAAGAGCUCCAAAGAUUUCUCGGAUUCGCCAAUUUCUACAGACGAUUCAUCCAAAGUUACAGCUCCAUUGUAUAUCCGCUCACCAAUCUUCUCCGUAAUAAGCCCAAGUCUCUGUCCUGGUCAUCAGCUGCCAACGAGGCCUUCAACACCCUGAAGGAGGCAUUCACCAGCGCACUGCCCUGACCCUGAGAAACCCUUCGUCGUGGAGGUAGACGCCUCUACCACAGGGAUAGGAGCGGUGCUCUCUCAGCAGCAGGGGAAUCCAGCCAGACUCCAUCCAUGUGCUUUCUUCUCCCGCAAAACUAAGCCUGGCAGAGAGGAACUACGACAUCGGCAACAGGGAACUUCUAACCGUUAAACUAGCCCUUGAGGAGUGGAGGCAUUGGCUAAAGGGUGCUCAGCAGCCAUUCAUGGUGCUCACUGACCAUAAGAAUCUGGGGUACCUAAGAGACUACAUCCACGCCAAGCCCGCUGGACCCUGACGGUUCAACUUCAACAUUUCCUAUCGUCCCGGUCCCAAGAAUGUAAAAACAGAUGCCUUAUCCCGCCUAUACACCUCAGAGGAGACCAAUGAAGAACCGGAGCCCAUCAUCCCUAGGAACGUAAUCGUCAGUCCCAUCCAAUGGGCAGAACACUCGUUGCCCUCCUCCAAUGCCUCUGCCAACGCUCCGCCGGGCUGUCCCCUGGGCUUGCAAUACGUCCACAGAACUCAGCGCAAUCCACUCAUCCACUCAUCACACACAUGUCUGGGCGCUGGCCACCCAGGGGCCAAUAAAACCUUCGCUGCUAAGGGAGCGCUUCUGGUGGUCAAACAUGGCUAGGGAUGUGAGAAUGUACGUAUAGGGAUGUCAGGAAUGCGGCAUCUUUAAGAGCCCUCGCCACCUUCCAUCCGGCAAGCUACUUCCUCUGCCCGUUCCCAACAGACCGUGGUCACACCUAGGGGUGGAUUUCAUAACCGACUUGCCUGCCUCUGAUGACAGUACCUGCAUCCUGGUGGUGGUUGACGGAUUCUCCAAAUCAUGCAGACUGUUACUCCUCAAGGGGCUACCCACAGCAAUGGAAACAGCAGAACUCCUGUUCAACCACGUGUUCCGCUAUUAUGGGAUACCAAAGGACAUAGUGUCUGACCGUGGUCCCUAGUUUAUUUCACAAGUUUGGAGAGCCUUCUUCUCCCUCCUAGGUGUGACAGUAAGCCUCUCAUCUGGGUACCAUCCACAGUCGAACGGGCAGACAGAGAGGAAGAUCCAAGAGAUUGGUCGGUUCCUAAGUACCUUCUGCCAUGGCCACCAGAACUCUUGGAACCAGUUCCUGGGUUGGGCCGAGUACUCCCUCUGCCAACCGCUGGACUCAUUCCUUUCCAGUGCGUACUCGGCUACCAACCCCCUCUAUUCCCUUGGUCAGGAGAACCAACAAAGAUUCCAUCGGUAGACUACUGGUUCCGAGAGAGCGAGAGGGUCUGGGACGCAGCUCACCAUCAGCUGCAAAGAGCUCUUCGCAGACGCAGAAGGACGGCCGACCUAUGAUGUUCUACUGCCCCAGUUUAUCAACCUGGUCAGAAGGUCUGGCUGUCUACCCAGGACAUCAGGAUGCAUCUGCCCUGGAGGAAGCUCAGUCCCAGAUUCAUUGGUCCCUUCACCAUCACCAAACAGAUCAACCUGAACCUGGCGCAGCAGCUGAAACCCCCCUUCCUCUCAUCCUGGAGGAUGGAGCAGCAUACCAGGAUGAGUUCCAUCCUUUCAUUGAGGCUCUGCUGCCUCAGGUCCGUGCCUUCGCCUACACAUGGUUCAACCUCCAGGCCAGGAAAAGGAAGUACUUCAAAAAACAUGAGAAAAGGAUGACUAAAGAAGAAGAGAGAGCUGUCAAAGACGAACUGCUCGGGGAGAAGGCAGAGGUGAAACAGAAGUGGGCCAGCCGUCUUUUGGCCAAGCUAAGAAAGGACAUUAGACCUGAAUGCAGAGAAGACUUUGUCUUGUCAAUCACCGGGAAGAAAGCUGCAUGCUGUGUCCUGUCAAACCCUGACCAGAAAGGCAAAAUGAGACGCAUAGACUGUCUCCGACAAGCUGACAAGGUGUGGAGGUUGGACCUGGUGAUGGUCAUACUGUUUAAAGGAAUCCCAUUGGAAAGCACAGAUGGAGAGCGGCUGGUGAAGGGAGGCCAGUGCUCCAAUCCAGUCCUCUGUGUCCAGCCUCGACACAUCUCCGUCUCUGUCAAAGAGCUCGACCUCUACCUCGCUUACUAUGUACAAGAGAGAGAGGCAGAGCAGAGCAGCAGUCCUAGUCGUACAGGAGUGGGCUCUGAUCAGGAGGACAGUCGAACCGCCACCAUGGAUGGUCCAGAGUUCCAGGAGAGUUUUGUGACAUCAGGAGUUUUCAGUGUCACUGAGCUGGUCCAGGUCUCAAGAACUCCAGUAGUCACAGGAAUAGGACCUAGUUUCUCUAUGGGGGAGCUCCAGGGUCAUCUGGCCUACGACCUCAACCAGUCUGUCAACCAGCCAGUCAGCCUCAGACGAUCACUGGCCAGCACCUCAUCUAGCGGGAGUAAGCGUCAUAAGUCUGGCUCUAUGGAGGAAGAGGCUGACAGUCCAGGAGGGGAGUAUUACCACUCACCUUCCUCUCCUGCCAGCAGCUCCAGGAACUGGACUGAUGACAUGGAAGGAGGUCUGUCUCCUCCAGUGAAGAAGGCAGAGCUGGACAGUCCCUCCUCCCAGGAAGACUCACCAAGACUGGGCUCCUUCACUCAGCACCACCGGCCAGUCAUAGCUGUUCACAGUGGUCUGUCUCGGAGUCCCCACCCCUCCUCAUCUCUUCAUUUCCCGUCCUCCUCCUACUUCCCCCAUGGAGCAAUCCGCUAUCCUCCUCACCUCGCCCAGGACCCCCUAAAAGAUCUGGUCUCAUUGGCCUGCGAUCCUGCCAAUCAAACCCCCAGCUCGCUGAAUGGCAGCAACCAGGUUAAAGUGCCCAGUCACUACAUCUCCUCUCAGAUGUUGGCACCCCCUGGACCAGCACCCUCCCUGGCUCCGCCCCCAUCCUCCCUCCCCAGGCUGACACUGCCUGCAGAGUCAAAGGCCACUACCACCUCCUCUGAUGGGGGAGCAAACUCCCCCACAUCACCCAUCUUGGUAUCUGGGCAACUGAGUGAACUCUGGAGGAAAGGUGAUUGUCAUGGCAGUACUGUCCUGGAGGAAAGGAAACAAUGUUGUCAAGACAUUGCCAGAGGAAAAAUAUAUUCAGCUUUGUAGAAGCAUAAUGUGUGGUCAUACACACACAUAUGUGUAUGUAUAUGUGUAUGUAUAUGUAUAUAUAUAUAUAUAUAUAUAUAUAUAUAUAUAUAUAUAUAUAUAUAUAUAUAUGUAUGUACCCAGAAGAGACAGCCUGGAUGGAAGAAGGAUGCUGCUCUCACUCAGCCAUUUUGCAGCCACAGAAUGAACUAUGCUAUAUGACACUAAAUGGUUCUCACAAAUGACGUGAGUUGUGAUUUUCAAGUCAAAGUAAUGGAGUGAUGCAGAUGAUCUGCAGACCAGAACUAGGCCUCAACACACCAGAUCCUAUGAAGCCUGUAACCUAACUGUGUCCCCAGGAUGAGGCCUGUUUCCCUGGAAUGGAUGUCAGCCUUUACCCCUGUACCCUGGGUGUCUCUACACUAAAUCUAGUGUAAGGCCUCUUCCCUGGGACAGACAUAGACCUCAUCCCCCCUCAACACCCAGAAUGCCCCUCUCUGCUACAGGUGCUGCUUAUAAUAUAUGCAAAUAAGCCUCCCUUAUUUUCUGAAACGACUACAAAGAGAGAUCCUAUUGUUAAUAUGUAAUGUUUCUUUGCACAUUUUAAUGUUAUUGAUACAUCUGAAGAAAAUUAAGAGUUGAAACAGUGCAGUUUUUUUCUCUCUUCCCACCAAAAGACAGAGGCUUUGUCUUUUUUAUUGACAAUCAUCUGCCUGAAACCAUUAAGUUGCUUUGCUAAGCUCAUGUUUUUAAGACUGAUUGUGCUUUUUUAUCAGAAAACAAUGAGUAAUAGUGGAAUAUAAGAGCUAUAGUCAUGCCUCCUCCAACACAACACACAAUGCUACAGUUGGACACCAGUAUAGAGUUAGGCCCAGUGCUACUGGUAUCAGGAGGAACCCUCAUUAGCAGAGGGCAUCUUUUUACAUGAAUAUCCUGCUGCUUCCUUCCCUUCCCUUCAGAUGCUGGUCAAUUUGUCAUGACAGUGCUUAUCCAAACGGCCAAAGGCACAAUAUUUGGAGGAGACAUGUACCUUCCACAAAGAAAUGUCUCAGUAGAACUGAGAAAAGGCAAAGGCACACUAAAACCAGGAUCAUGUGGCAGCACAGCGAGCAGUAAACUGGCUGCUGAACUCAAUGUGUAAAACUGUAGCAUGGUGUGUGUGUGUGUGUGUGUGUGUGUGUGUGUGUGUGUGUGUGUGUGUGUGUGUCAGAAUGUGAAUAUGGUUCCUGCAUUUCCACACUCAUCCCUGCUCUGUUUUGAGGAGAUGUUGUGUUGAAUUUGUGUCUCAGAGAACACAAUGACGGGGUUUAUACUUAUGUAGGUAGAUUAGAAAUAGAUAUAGUAGGCAUUGCACUAUUCUUGAGUUAAAAUUACUUUUUGAGAAAGGUGCAAUGAUGUGGCAUGUUACCAAGCUGGCAGGCUGUAGUGUGUUUUUCGUGCAGGUCGUGUGCAUACUGACUUGACCUGAGCACAAAAUACAGGUUUCUUGUCCAGCCCUGGAAUGAGUAGAGGUGUCCCUGACAGGUUCUGCACUGUAUAGCUCAACCCCAACCCAACCUGAAUAAUCUGUGGAGGAACAGUAGCAGUAAGGUUUGGUUUGGGGUUCAGGCAGGGGUGAGCUGGAGACAAAUGAAUGGAAGGACAGGUUAGCCACAGUGCCAGGGUUGAUUUCAAGUCAAACCUUGAUGGUUUACCACUGGCAACAAGCAACAAAUCAAGCAUUUAAAACCAGAGCAUGUAAGUCAUGAGGUAGCUUUUUUGUGCUCAACCUUGACAAAAUAUUUGCAUUAUGACAGUGCUUUAGUGAGGCAAAACCAUAUUCUCUUGUGGCUGGCUUUUCACAGCUUCAUUUAGUCAGUCUUUUGAAAGGCAUUUAAUAGCUUAAACCUUAUAUGCUGUAUUUUAACAAUACAAUACAAUAUUCUUAAACAUUUGACAAGGUUAGCAUUAAAUAGAAUCCAAACAUUAAUCCUUAUCCAAGGUAAUGGCGACAUCUAAUACCAUAUGUUCAUAGAAGUAACAAAGAGCAAGACGUCAGUUCAAGGGAUAGCAACAACUAUGUGUAGUUGUCAAAGAUCUGAAUGCAAAAUAAAAUCCUGACUCAAAUUAUAAAACACAUCAUCAUUGAUAUCUCUAUGUAAAAUUCAAUACAAACUCCAAAUUCAACAUUAGUAGAACAUGUGCACCUUGACCUUUUGAUAUUUCGUACACUAUCUCUUUGGUGAUGGAAACACUGAAUAUAAAUUUUUACUUAAUACUUUAUAAUAUGUGCUAUAUUUUAAUCUACAAGGCUUUGCAACUAUAAAGCAGUCUAAUGAAAUUUGUUGCCUAGGGAUGUGGAUUGGUGUUUCUGUGUUGAGGUGUGAUCAGAUUGAACGUUAAGCGAAUUUUCGCCAUGUGUAAUUCACAUAAAUUUGACUGCUGGAGUGUUUCAGCAGUCUGCAGACAUUACUCCAUGACUUGGUCACUUGCAGUCCCUGUGCAAACAGUAGGGGAGAAGUCAAAACAUUAUUAUUUUACUUGUUAUACAGCAGUGGUUUGUAUCUUGAAAGGUAUUUUCCUGAUCUGGAAAAAUAAAAGGACAAAACCAAGUAUAAUCCAAUAUUUCUCACCACUGCUGUGGUCUGAGCAGCAAACCUAAUGUACAUCCACUUAGGAAGAGGAGUAGAGCAGUGCGACACGGUCAGUGGAAAUAUUUGAUUCAUACAUUGGUUUUGCUCUGGGAAGACAUUUUAGAAAGUUGACAAAGUUAGAAAGUUUUGUGGGAUCACAAAAAUACCUUUGAAGAUGCAACCCGUUGUAGUAAAACUCAACUUUUUGAUUCAGAGUGCGUGGUGAGGACACAAAUGGGACUAUCCAAACAGCCAGUGUACCGACUGUACACAGCCUCACUAGCUUGCAACGUAUGCAUCGACCAUGUGUGUGGAGAGUUGCUGUGUGUUUUUGUAUUACAGCUCAGGCAAAACCACAGUUCGGUCUGAUAUUUUCCUCCAGUUUUUGUCCUUUUUCCUCUUACCUCUUUGCAUUGAUAAAUUUUAGUGUAUAACAGUGUUGAAAUAAGUGUGAUAAGGUGAAACAUUUACAACUUGCAUAGAAAUGUCUCCACUUGAUUUUGCGCCACCUAGAAUCUGCGCCUUUUCGGCCCACAAUUCACUUUGCGUUCAGCCUGAACACUGGUGUCUGUCUUUUCCUUUUCCUUUACCAGGGUUUGGGGUUAAAGUUGACAGCAGUCUACUAGGGGUUCAGAUUUUGUACUUAAGGUGCUGAUAUGAGCUGGGUUUUGGUAGGGCAAGGUUUAAGGUUUUGGUUAAAGUUGGCUUAAAGCUGAUGUAUACUGCAUGGUCCUGCCUUGGUCGCUGUGCUGACCUAAUGAAUGCAUGGCUCAAACUGAUGAUACCUCUUCCUCUCUAUCCUGCUCUUCCUCCUCCUCCCCCACUCUUCCUCCCUCUGUACUCUGUACUACAUCAGAGAGCAGUGGAUGGAAGGGCUGUCUAUUUCUUUAAAUUUUAAUAAUAGCCCUGUUGUUAAACUUCUAUUUUGCACGAUAUUUCAGAAAACACAUUAUGUGCCUUGCCUUUAGUUAAAGAACAAUAAUAAAUUAUGUGAAAGUGAUCAUACUUUUCAUGGUACAGCUUGAAGCACUUAAACAAAAAAAGCUGCAUGUGUGAUUGCUUGACAUUAACCAGUGUAGCAGGUACACAGUUUUAGUUUAAACAGUGGCAGUGUAUUAACUGCCAACUGAGAUACUAGCUUAUGUGUAAGCCCAAUGAAAGCUUUCAUUAGCUUCAGCAGAGGCUGGGACAGCGCUUAUUCUUCUAACCCUUCUACUACCAUUCAACUAAAGGCACAGCAAUUUUUUACAUUGUGAAAGGAACAGUAUGACAUUUUGGGAAAUACACUUGUUUGUGGUUAUACAUAGGGGAGAUUAUAUAUGGGUUAUGAGCUGCCCUCCAGAUGCAAACACCUGUUAUUACAUGGCCAAAGUUCUAUACUUCAUUUGAUCACAUGACACUGAAUCAUCUCCAUGACAGCUGAGCAAACUCAGAUUGUCAGAAAGCUCUGAAAACGCUAGUAAGUGGACAUGAGAGAAGAUUAUUUUGUCAAACUACUGUUUCCAAGUUCAAGAAUGAACUGUACACAUACGUAUGUCAUCGUCUUAUUCUGGGUAAAACUAGAAAAAAACUGUAGUUCCCAAAAUGUUGGACUGUUCUUUAAGUGUUGAUUUUUCAAUGACAUAAUUUGCCAUAAUAAGGUGUUGAUCGUACUCAUAGAGCUGAGCUGGUUCAGUGGCUCUGCUGUUUAUAGUGUUGGCUUAUAGGUGUGUACCAAGUUAAAUUGACAUUGGGUCAUUCCAUGUCAAAUCAGAGGUUUUUGUUUACAUUUUAGAUUUUGUUCAAACCUUAUGUAUAUGCUAUUUGAGAACAAAAAAAAAUUGGUUAAAAUAUUUCGGCUGCAUUUUGAGAAUUGCAUAGUUUUUUGCCACUGGGAAUGAAAAUAUGCAUUAUCUUAUUAUAUCUAUAUAUCAAUAUCUUCUGACAUAUAACUCCUAGAGCCAUUAAAUUUGGUAGGGGCACAGAUAAAACCGUGUACAACAGAUCCAAAUGAUUGAAAAGUACAAGCAGAUGUCAUAUUUUUCAUUAGUGGCCCUUGAAAAUGGAAAAGAGUGCAAAAUGGGUGGUUUGGCAGGCAGUCCCCUAAAUUAUAUAAAUAUGGAUGUUUUCAUACUUCCAGCUAAAAAUACAGUAUUUGAUUGAUGUAAUACCAAAUUUCAAGGGAUCUAACAAACAGAAUCCGACAUAUGGCAAGUAUGACAAGCCAAGGUUGUGAUUUGUUGCCUUUGCGAGAUGCCAAAAUGGCAAUGUGGAUUCAUUCCUAGGACCGAAAUUUGUUUGAAACAGGGUCUAUAUGUGAGCAUUUUGUGUGGAGAUUAAUGCUAUACUACAAGUAACAAAGGAUAACAAUGAUGCAAAAAGGUGAUUAUUCCUCAAUUGAUUGUACAUCUUUUAGAUCUGUUGUACAGUUUUUUUUCUGUGCCCCUACCAAAUUUCAUGGUUCUAGGAGUUAUGUCUGAAGAUUUUGAACCCUAAAAAUGGUUUCCCACCUAAGACGUUUAUCUCUGUCUGACACAGAAUGACCCCAGUGAUAGACACAUCACUCAGUGUUGAAAAUUAGACGUGUGUUGUCCCAAAAUGUGGGCAACAGUGUGUUGUAAAUGAAACAUUAUUUUAGAGUAUUGUUACAGUAUGGCAACCUUGGAUCUGAAAAUAGCACUUUGCAAAAGUGAAAGUAAAGUCUGCGUUGCAGUGUGUCAAGCAGGGAAAGGACCGCCAAGGCAGACAGGAUGAUUUCAAUGAUUUACUAGAGAACACAAGGUUUACAUGGGUAGUCAGGCAGGCAGAGAUAAAAAAAACAGGAAAACAGUCCAACCAGGCAAAUGAGUCCAAGUGGGAGCAGACAAAAGUCCAAAAACCAAAACACAAGGACCAAAGGCCAGGCCGCUUAACAACAGUAACAAAGAUGAUCUGAAACAGAACAAAGGAAGAACACUAAAUACACUCAGGUAGGGGAGACAACGAGACACAGGUGAAACCAAUAAGGGCAAGCAAUCAAAGACAGGAAGCAAAACUACAAGACACAUGAGGGAGGGAGAAUAUUUCAAAAUAAAACAGGAAACAUCGAUCAAAAACAUGAAACUGAGGAAAACCAAAACUAAGAGGUAGUGCAGGACAUGGCAGUCUGGUGGUAAGUCCUGCCUAAAUGUUCACAAUAAAUCAAAAGCCAUUUUCAGAGAUGUUGCUCAGCUCUGUCUACGUCCCGUUUAAACAUCAAGUAUUAAAUACAUGCAAACACAUUUGAUGGUAUUUAUUGCAGGGAAAAGUCUUAUACUAUAUUGUGAAUAUUUUGUUAGGUAUUUAGCCAAUGUGGCCAAGCCACUCAAUCCCAUCUAAUGGAAACAUGUUAAACAUGGUCUGGUUUGGGUUUCAAGGCUCUGCAGCUCUAUGAUUGGUCAUUAGUACACCGUCCAUUUGCCUGUAUGAUGACUUUGACCACAUGACUAAUCAUGUGACAAGAUACUACAAAAGGCCAUAGAUGAGUUUGAGUUUCAUAUGGAUGCAUGCACUUAACACUAUUCUUACUCAACUUGGCUUUUAGGUUAUUUUUUAGUUAUUUUUUGAGUUGUUAUUAUUGUGUUGCUUGUAGAAUUAUAGUUUUAAACACAGCAGUGUGUAUAAAAAAUAUGUACAACAUGGACUUAUCAGUUAUAAGAAGGAUGUAUAGAAUGUUUAAGUCUAUCGUGUUUGUGCGUUUUAGCUUGGCUGUAUUAAGAUGGGGGCCAAGCCACAGAGUAAGGCACCCAUGAAAUUGGAAAAGUUGUGGGUGGGCUGGUAGUAUAGUUUAGGCAUGUGAGGGAUGAUGAAUGAUGAUGGGUGAAAAUGGUAGUGGGAGAGAGACAGUCUUGGAAGUCAAGUUAAGUUAGGGUGAACCAGAAUGUACCCAAAGAGUGCAUACCGUCACUAAGGCUGCCCAAUCCUCUAAAUGUGUUAUUACAAUAACAGACAGUGUUUAGAAAAAUCUGCAACUGCAUCUGGACACAGUGAUAGACACUGAUAUCACGCUGAUUAGCAGUUGGCAGCAAUAUUUAGAGUACCUAAAUCCUGUCCUGAAAUAUUGGGGCUUGUAUAGAAUGAAUUGUGCAAAACUACACACUGGGUGAAAAUUUGGUGAAAAUGUAAUGUAGGAGAGUGGUAAGUAGAGUUUCACCAAAAAUUAAAAAUGGCAGAAUAUUUGUUUAGUCAGAAAUGGACAUAGACUAUACUGAUAGUAGAUAUGUCUUAACCCAACAUUCACAGUUCAGGAAGGUAGGAGUAAAGGUGUUCACCGUUCCAAUUUUAUACACAAUACAAAAUGGACGGUCAGACCUGGUCUGAAUCGACCCAAGGAUAAUUAGAUCCGAUCCAAAAUCUGGUGGACGUGAACAGUCCCAGAGAGAGAACAAUAACACUGGCAGCAGCAUGAUGCUCUACCAAUUAAAAAAGAGUAAUAAAUGGCAUUUUUCCUGCACUUCACAGUUUGCACUCUCUGUCUGCUUAAAAAACACAUUUUUCUCCUGUGAUAAUGAUGAUGCACCAUGUGAUCAGAGCUGAUGGAGAGUCUGCUUGGAUCCCUCAGGUAUUAGACAUAUUGACACACAGACCUGAGACCUGCAGCAAUACAACGAGACCCUACCAGACUUGGCUGACCCAGGUCCUGGGUCAGGUCUUGAAUAUUAGCAACUCAGUGGACCCAUGAAGACCUCUUGUUAGGAGUUCUUUCCAAAAUUAUGAGCCAGAGUGACAAGUAGUUUUUAAAUGGUCACAUGAUUGUGCUAUUGCUACAGAUGCAUACCUGAAACAAAUAUUUGUUUCUUUCCACAAAACGUUAUUGAAAUCUGAUCAGUCCCGCAGGAUCAAAAACAGAAGCUGCUUGCCGGAGGUAAUAAUUCAGAGCUUUAUGUUUACUGAAGAGCUACAACAGCUUGGGGUGAAGUUGAUUUUAGUACUGAUUGUGAUCGUUAAACUUGAAAGCAAUUGGCUAGAUUCACGGAUACCAGGCCAAGUUGUUAUUACAGUUUCAUGUUCGCUCUCCCUCUUUCAAUCAAAGAUGUUUUGGCUGUAAUAAUGAAUGACCAUGGUGAUACAUCCAAGUCUGUGUAUCCAGCAACACCAGGUAUAAAGCUGGAUUGUUGUACUCAAAUGGCUGCCAUUUAAAUCUACAAGCAAAAAGAUAAAGCAGAGUAUUAACCCAUGAUAGGACCGGCUGUGAUUCACUCAGUUGUGGUGUGUGUGUGUUUGUGUGUUUCAUGUCCUUAUAGCCUGUUGGGGACUUUAACCUGAAUGCACACUAACCCAUGGUGUCAUCGUGCGGACAAAAAUGGAGGUUUCCAUGGGUAGAGACUGCUUUUUGAGGGUUAAGACUUGGUUUUAGGGUACAAGUUACACUUAAGGUUAGGGUUAAGGUUAGACAUUUAGUUGUGAUGGGUAAGGUUAUGGUAAGGGGCUAGGGAAAGCAUUAUGUCAAUGACUGUCACUGAUAGUGAAACAAAGUUGUGUGUGUGUGUGUAUGUGCGUGUGUGUGUGUGUGUGCGAUUACGUGCUGGUUGCCUAUUGGCAAAUGCACUACAGGAAUAAAAGGGAGAACGUCUGGGCCCACAGACAGAAAAAGAUAAGUCUAAGUUUAAAAUAAGGCUGGACAGAAUGGAAGACAACUGAAGUCUCUCUAGUUUGAUCGCUCCAGUUCAAAUUUCAGGGGGUAGACACAAUAACACCAAAACCGGUUCAAUAUAAUACUGCACAACUCAAUACAACAUCAAAAGCUACAGUCAAAAAUUGCCAUGCAUUUAAAUCACCUCUCUUACACAGCUCAAAAAAGAAUAUUGUAAGACUUGCAAAAGUUAUGUAUAUUGUAGGGCUGAUAUAGUGGAUUACAGAAAAUUGUAUUGGCUUUGUGGUUGUGUCUCCUCCAGCUGAUGACCAAGAUCACUGUGCACAUUAUACUUUGGAAAUCUUAUUACAGCUUCAUAUUGUCUACCAGAAGCUCUACCUGUAGCCAAGAUAAAAAUUGAUUUUAAUUCUAAACCUUAACCUGUAGAGAUGACACUUGCACUACUUAAAGGCAGAUGGCUUAAAAGCAGUGUAUUUUCAGAGUUUGGUCAUAUUUUGGAUGCAUGGCUCCUGCCUGUCAGGAGAGGUUUGAUUCUGUGUUGAAGCAGGUUAUGAAGUGUGAAUCCUAUUCAUUUCUAUUCCUCUCUACUUUUUCGCUAUCACUGACUACCAGACUGGCAACAGAAAAUGCACAAAGAAAGCCAAAUAGCUUCCCUACAUAACACCAGCCAACUGAGUGGAAGACUAAUCCACUGUGUUCUAAAGGUGUGUCUGCUAAAUGGAACAAGACAUACAGUAUGCCCAGGUCUCUAUAUCAAACCCACUCUAACAAGUUAAAAUACCAUGCAGCUCUCAGUAACUACGGCAUCACUGUUGCCAAUCGGUUGCCAAGUGGACAUUUCUUCCAACCCUUGUGAGAGGGGAAGUUGUGUAGAAAAGUCCAAUUGAGGAAUUAACAAUAAUCAACUUAAGUGUGUUCAGGAUAUAUGGAAAUUCCCCACCUCAAGUCAAAAGUGUUAUUGAGGUGAGAAUAAUGUGUUCGUCAUGAAAUUGAAGUUGGAGAGAAAACAGUACACAUCAGUUCAGCCUCUCAUGCAAAUGUUGUUCUCUCCUUGGGUCAAAGAACGUUGGCAUGCAAACUCAUCACUUUCUCUGCUCUAUUCAAAUAAACCAGUAGGUCAACAGCAUGGGGGAAAAAACUAAAAUGAUUUCAACAAGCAGUGCCUUUGAUUUUACUGCUAGUUUAAUUUGUGCUUUGCAGUACGUUCAAAGACUCCAUGGUCGUGUGAGACACUUCAGCAUAGGGAUUGAUGCUCAGUGUUGAGAACAUCACCAUCCCUGGCCAUGGAAGAUGGGCUGUGCAGGUCCUGAGGUGACAAGCCAUAAAACAAUCCAAAGAGUUGAAGAAAGUCUAGAGGAAACACUGACAGACUAUUUGCAUUUUGAGGGAAAUUAAUGUUCAGUGGAUUCACGGUUCAUUUUAGGUUGGAAUAUGUUCAGGGACUACAACUGUGUCCUAUUUUCACCUCCUUUCAAAGUUGCACUUGAAAAACACACAUUUCAAAUGCAGCCAAAAAUGUGAUGAUACCACUUUACAAAAAGGUACUAAAAAUUGUGAAUAGUUACCAAAGACAGAGUAGGGAACUAAACAACUAAAUGCUAACAAGAUGAUUAACAAGUAUUUCCUGAAUAGUGUUGAAGCAUUAGCAGUAGUGAUCCAGUGUCUUAAUGAUAACUUCCUUUAUCUGCUUUAUCUUUAAUUCAGCAUACUGACCUCAUAGGAUUUUUUCGCAGAAGACAUUUUUACACGUCAGUUGGAAAAGCACAGGUGCAGAUAAUAAAGUGAAUUCCAUUUAGCUGCUUCAGUUUUGUUGCAUUUUGUAUGCUGGCUCACUGUCACUGCUCACACUGUCAUGGCUUACUAGGACACUUAAAGAAUGGAGCAAUUGUUAAUGAUAUUAGUAACCCCUGUGAUUUUCCUACAAUGACGAGUCAAAAUAUCUACUGUGAUAAAGGCCUGUCGCCGAUUAACUCUAAAUCAGGAGCUAAAUGUGACGUAGCAUAACAUCAUUGCAUUAUUGUUACACACAUAUUAGUUACUGUAGUAAUUGUUGUAAUAUAGUAAAAUAUAUUGCUGCAGCAUACUGAGUUGUUACUUGCAUCAUUGUAAUGAAUGGAUCAUUACUUGGUCAUUAAUUCACCAUUAAUUCAUAUUUUUGUAUGUUUUUAUGGAGAAGGCACCAUUAGAUCAUGACUGAAACAUCCCUAUCCGCCCUUUAGUGACUGUUCCUAUGUUAAACAGCUUUAAGUCAACAAUUUUGCAAGGACUAUAUUUUUAACCACAUUCCAAUAGUUUUAGGCUUUGCAGAUGGAAUGAAAACAAUACAGUCCACACGGUCCAGAUACUAAGUGUCACUGUUAUUAUAUUGUAGUAUGUAACAUAUACCAUAAAUGUUGGCAGUCAAAACAUUAGACAAGAAAGAUGACUGAGGUUAUCCGAGUUUGUGCUUAGUUGUGAAUGCAGCUUUGAGGGAAAUGUCCUGUGCUUGGUAUCAGUCAGUUAUAUUAUAUUAUAUUAUAUACUUAAUUCCACAUAUAUAUUAACUAACAAUAGUGUGUGCCAAGUAACAAUUCAGUAUGAUGUGCUACAUAACGUGAGGGACACAUAGAUAGAGACUAAUAUGUACAUAAUAAGAUGCAGUGUUUAGUCAUUGAUUAUGUGCUAUUUAGCCUUUGAUCCAGCAUUGAUUCAGCAUUUGAGUUAUUCAGGAACUAUUUGUUAAGUAAGUAUCUAUAGGAACAAAUCAUUGCAUACUGGUUCUGUUUAGUGUUACUACCACACCUUUAUGUUGCUUAAAUUUGGAGCCAGUGUGCUGCAGGCAGUUUUCAAUAUCCCCAAUAUUAAUAAAGUAACCACUGGAUUGACGUGAUAGUUCAAAAUGCUGAAGUGGAAGUGGGAAGCUGCUAAGCUGGCAUGAUUGUAGUUUUUCCUGAUGGCAGGUUGAAAAAUCAACAAUCAUGCUUGCUUUGAAAUUUGAAAUCUGUUGACUACAUGUUGAUUAAGAUGUCAUUUUGGUGUUCCCUCUAGAUUUUUCUUGACUCUGUGGUACAAACCAAGUGCUGUUCUGACCACUGUUAGCACUGUUAACCAAACAAUAUAUCUGGGUGACUCCUGUUAAGAUGCAUUAUAUCAGAAUCAUAACUGCUUUAUGAUUGUGAUUGGUGGGUUAUGGUUAGUAUUGUAAGUGGUUGUAACUGUAACUGAACAGUAGUACAGCUGGUGGUGAUUCCUGUUUAGUUGACUGUUGGAUAUCUAAGAAUUAAGUUUUGGGGGGAUGUUUUCAUAGGGGGCUCUUUUCUAUAAACUGUUAAUGUUAUUCAACAUUCUACCCUACUGCUGCUGUUGCCUGAAAACCUUGUAACUUCAGUGUAACUUAUGUGUUUAUUUUGCUGUUUCUUACUUGAAUUGCAAGUUUGCUUUUUAUUUUUUAAUGGCCCUUCAAAACCAAUUCUGUAAUUCAGACUCACAGCAGUUGAAAAUCUUUCUUAGCUACUGAAAAUCUGAUUUUGUAGACCUACAAGUUUUCCUCUGAUAGUGAUGCCAUAUUGAUUCCUUUCUGUAUCUGCGGGUGCAUUGCUUCUGCACACUGUUUACUCCAUAUGCUGAAGACAGUUUGUAAUGAACGAAAGACUUGUUUCUCAGAGAAAAUUUUAAUGCAGUCUCAUAUUUUAAGGAUUUUUUUCUCAUAACUUUUCAGAUAUUAUAGUAAAGGACUGCUUUGCUUGCUUCCAGAUAUAUAUCCCUUACAUCAGAGAGAACAUAGGCAUGAUCAGCUUUCAUCAGUUAUUGCAUGACUACAAUCCACACAGACCACAGUCCUUUCCACAUUAACUGUACAUCAGGACAUUAUAUAGUUCAUUUAGCUAUGGGAUAACAACCCUAAAUCUUUGGCAAUCAAUGAUACAGUUCCCCCCUGACCUGAGUCUAUUAUUUUCUAUAACACCUCAGAGGGCAUUACCAUACCAUGGUCACUUUCCAAAGAACACAUUAAAGCAAAUCAUCAGUACUAUUGCUAAGGUUACUUGUAGUCUAACAGACUAUACCAAGACUUUGUUGUCUAACUUGACUAAUUAACUUGUCCUAAUAUACAAUUUUAAUUGAUACCUGACAGCCAAUCAGAAACAAGCAAUAAUGCAUGACUUUGUAACCCAGUAUAAGAAAAUAAUAGACAAGGUAGAGACAAGUUGUGUAUCUUAUGUCCAGGUUGGGAGAGCUGGCGUGCUGACAUUAACCCUGGCCUGAGAUGUUCACUGUGGAAAGGGCUGCUGCUCUGGACUGGAUGUAGUUUGUAGCAGCUUUAACAAGAGUUUUAAGUACUUUUUCCUUUGGAUGUUUUUCGGCUGAAGCAAAUGUCAAUAAUCAACUUUAUUUUAAUGAUGUAAAUUGUUCCUCUAAGACUGCAUUUAGACAGGGACAAGAAAGGAUGUCAACGCUGUAGCAUAGUUAUGUCUUCUCAUGGCCAUCUAAACUGAAGUCAUGGACUGAGAGUUGUCUGUUCAGGGUUGGACUUUCAGUUCCUGUUUGAAUGUAUCAUAGUUUGGGUGACAGCUGUCUGAACCAGUGUUUCUGACCUAAUGUUAUUCAUCUGCUGUGGGGGAUAUUAACAUCUUUGAUAAUAUGUCAUUAUAACCAUAUUUAGCCAUUGCUAUCAGCAAAUGCUGAUGAAUUCAUUACUGGAAAUGAGUAUCUUUCCCUAUGCAAAAAUAUACCAUUAAUAAACAAGCUAUACCAUAAGUCA